AUGGGUACUGUGAUGAAGGCUGCUACCAACGCUGCCGGACUGGCGAAGGCUGCAAGCCUCAGAAGCCGGGCCUUCGUGACGUUCCUUGCCGGCAACGGAGACUAUGUGAAGGGGGUGAUAGGUUUGGCCAAGGGACUCAGGAAGGUUCGGACGGCUUACCCGCUCGUUGUGGCGGCGCUGCCGGACGUUCCAGAGGAGCACCGCCGCAUGCUGGUGGAGCAGGGUUGCAUAGUCAGGGAGAUCGAGCCAGUGUAUCCCCCGGAGAACAAGACCCAGUUCGCCAUGGCUUACUACGUCAUCAACUACUCCAAGCUCCGCAUUUGGGAGUUUGUGGAGUACCACAAGAUGAUAUACCUGGACGGAGACAUUCAGGGGUCAAAGCCAUGGAGGUACACGGGAAAAGAAGAACACAUGGAGAGGGAAGACAUAAAAAUGCUGGUGAAGAAAUGGUGGGAUAUUUACAACGAUGACUCUUUGGAUUAUAGGAGUAGAGCCGAAAGCGAAAUUGAGAAGCGAAUGGCGGCGCUAUCGAAGGCCGGUGCCGUUAAACACGUUAGGGCACCAUCGGCUGCCUAG